AUGGCUGCGGCUAAUGGGGCCGGAUCUGGCCAUGACGCGCCGGGUGCUCAAGCAAUGAACCGGGAAGAGAAUGUUGACACCAAGAAAGCCUCGCACAAGGCCUAUCGCUGGUCGCUGCAUCGCCCACGGAAGCUGCCCGCUUUGCUGGACCACUUCAACAAGCGCGAUCUCAAAGUCGUCUUCCGGUGCUGGAUCGCCACCUGGGUCGCGACAUUGCUCAUCUUUAUCCAGCCGUCACUCGACCAAAUCGGCAUUGCCACAUUUUUUGCCGCCCUCACGCUCUUCAUUGCGCCUCCUGCCACUAUACUCCUCCCAUAUCUGCUUUCCGCCGCGUCUGCGCUUCUCGGCAUGUGCCUUGCCUGGCUCUGGGCCCUGCUCACGAUGAAGGCAGCCUUCGCGGCGCGUCCUGGGCAUGAAACGAGCGCCAGGCUCGCAGCUCUCGAGCAGGCCGCCUCACAGAAGGCUCGCGAAUCCGGCACACUCGCCGCGAAUGAGGCGACGCUCCUAGUCUUUGAUGGCUUUAUGCUUGAUGCGCGAGUCACUGUUGUGUACUAUGUCAUGAUCUGCGUCUUCAUCUACGCAUUAGCCCGCUUGCGCUUGACCAAUCCAAAGUUCAGCUUUAUGCAGAUUUUUGGCACCAUUGUAUCUGAUGUUUUCUUGCUCAAUGGGCCAAGCUUGCCCUCUUUCAACGGUAGCAUCGGCAGCAUUCUUGUGAAACCGGGCGCAAUCGGAAUUGGUCUCGGAGCCGUCUCCUGCCUCUUGUUCUUUCCCCAAACCACCCCAUACGCUAUCAUGGACAAAAUGGAAAGCCUACUCCGUACUUUUAACGCAUCUAUACAGGCUACACAAAGGCGCUUGCGCAGAGAACCUGUCAAAGUGGCGAGCCUCAAUGCGGAUCGUGCAAGGUUGGUUGGCGUGUGGAAAGCCAUGCAACCCUUGAUGUCGCUGCUUCCUCUCGACAUUUCCCGCUGCUGCUGGAGUGCUGACGACCUUGUGCACCUGCACACACUCUUCCGGUAUGCGUUGCGCAAGAGCGUGGCGCUCUUGGACCUACAUAUUGCGGCGCUCUCCGCGGCAGAUCAAGAGCAAAUGCUGAUGCAUUAUGGGGAGGAGCAGGCCACAACGGCAACCAGAAACGGCAUCGGACGGGCUAACUACCUGCGCCCAGGCCAUCAUCAUCUACAGGAGCUAGCAUCCCUGAUUAACGCCUUUCAUGGUGCAGGACCAGGCACUCUUCCAGAAGUCACCGCGACUCUUUGGGAUUAUCCAUCACGACUGUUGACGACGUGUUCCGAAUCGAUCGAUCUUGCCGCUCGCUGCGUUCAUGAGAUCAACAGCUGCCGUUGGAUCAAGACAAUCAACAAGCAGACGGCUGAAGGUUUCUGCGGGGAGCUGCAGGCCAAGUCGGAAGCUUUGCGACUUUUGCGAGAACAGUGCGCUGCAAAUACGCCCGACGCACUUCUCGCCGCUUUUGAGGAUGCGUUUGAUGAUCGUGGCAAUCUCCGAGCUGAUGGCGCUGAUCAAAACGACACAGGCCCACUCCGAGACGUUACGACUAUACUGGCGCUCAAUCAGCAUAUAAUAGACCUCUCUGCCGCACUCGAGGUGUUGCUUGACCAUUUCAGCUUGCUUCUCCAUGACCGAACGAAGAGCCGUAUAUGGAUGCCCAUCACGAUGCGGCAUGCCCUGUCCUGGCUCGUUAACCCUAAAUCAUCCGAUCAAGCAGUUGGGGGUGGUUUCGCUGCAGACCACGACGAAAAUUUAACUGAAGCAAAAAGUGUCGCGCGAAGACGCGUCAGUGAGAUCAAAAGCCUCACACGAGUUGGUGACCUCUCACGAAACGGCAUGCCGAAGUCCCGUCUCAGCCGGAGCAUCAUCACCGCGUACAGGUGGCUCACCAACCCUGCCGGCAUGUAUGCAGCGCGCUUGGUCAUUGUCACCAUUGCUACAUCGAUUCCUUCCGCGAUUCCUCAUAGUGCCGGCUUCUUUUACCGCGAAAAGGGCAUAUGGGCUGUCAUCACUGCUCAGCUGACGCUGCUCCCUUUCAUGGCCGACUUUGUCGUUUCCAUCUUUUCGCGCGCUGUCGGCACUGUCGUUGGCGGCGCUCUUGGUACGGUGGCUUGGUACAUUGGCUCCGGGUCCGGGAACGGCAACCCAUAUGGCUUAGGUGCCAUCACAGCCUUGAUGACGGUCAUCAUUGUAUGGCUGCGCAUAUGGAGCCCGCACAUGUUCACCGUCGCUGGUAUCAUGUGCGGCGCCACAUAUGCUCUCGUUAUCGGUUUCAGUUACGACAACGGUCACAUAAACCAAUAUGGCCUUCCAGGCCGGGGCUACGAGGCAUUUUGGAAACGUGUUGUCACUGUUUUCAUAGGGCUCGUCGCUGCCGCCAUUGUUCACAUCUUUCCCAAGCCGACGUCAGCCACGAGCCACGUCUGCCAUGUGUUGGCCAAGUCUGUGCGUCGAAUGUCGGACCAGUACGCCAUAUUUCUGCUUUCUCAGAAGCGCCCUGUCGAAAACAGCACUCUCUGUGUCCUUGCUGAACGCGACUCGUUUGAUCUUGGUCACUCUCUGUCCCUCUUGGCUCCAUCCAUUCAUCUAGUCAAGGCUGAGAUGAGCUUCGGCCCAUUUGAUCAAAAGACGCUACAAACCGUUCUAGAAGAGUGUCGGAACCUGAAUAAGUCUCUCAGUAGACUCUUGAGUAUCGCGCAUUCACUACCGUCAGACUUGAAAGAUCGCUUUGAAACCGUCAGCGGCCUGCUUGAUGACCAUGUCAUUGGCGAUAUCAUGGCUAUCCUUCACAUUAUUCAGCAGUCGUUUGAGAACGGGGCGUCGUUACCGGAGAGGCUACCUACGCCCCUUACUCGAACAUUUUACCACGCGUGGCAAAGGCGCGAGCAUGCCAUGGUCAACAAGACACUUCUGCGCCAUGAAAGCUAUCCCCAGUACUGCGUCGCCAUAUCUUCGUAUCUCAAAUUCCUAUCAACUAUCGACAAUCUUGUCCUUGUUCUCACGGAGACAUUGGGGGAGUCUCAUAUUCUAUUUGGAUGGGGCCAAGCAGAGGUUUAG